ACGCCACGAGAUCUCGUCUCGAAUCUUCGAGACGCCGAAGCGGGGGCGACUUUCCAAGCGGCAGAGAAAGGAAUCGUUUGUUUUUCCGUGGCUGACUGCUGGCUAGCUCCGGAGAAAGGAACCUCGGCCAAGGAUCGACAUUGUCACGGAUAGAACGGAAUGGGAUACGGAACGGAGAUGGACGGCUGCGGCCGCUUCAUGAAGUAUGCUUUGUUCUUGACGAACUUCAUCAUUUUCAUUGGCGGGAUUGUUGUGAUGGGCUUGGGUAUAUGGGCUCUAGUCGACAAAGUGCCAUAUAUAGGUGAACUCGUGGGGAACGAUCUGUUGACCGGUGCAGUUUACGUCCUGCUAGUCGGCGGAAUCGUCGUGGCACUUAUCGCCUUCUUCGGAUGUGUCGGCGCGUCGCGGGAAGUCAAGUGCAUGCUCUUGACAUACUUCAUAAUUGUGUUCUUGCUAUUCGUGACCAUGCUGAUUGGCGGCGUGCUGGGAUACGUUUUCCGUGAGAAACUGCUGAGUACAGUCGACAGGGAGAUGAAGAGUUCGAUAAGGCUCUACGAUCAUCGCAAAUCCAUCCGAGAUGCCUGGGACACCACGCAAUCGACGCUCCACUGUUGCGGCGUUAACAGCUGGAGAGACUGGGGAAGCUACGGUCUUAACGUGCCGGAGAGUUGCUGCCGAGAGAUUCAACCUGGCCAGCGAUUCCACUGCAAUACCGGUGCGGACACGGUGAAUCCAUCAAACGCUUACGUGGAGGGUUGCAUCGAAGGCACGAGGGUCUACAUGCAGCGGCACGCGGUCAUAAUGGGCGGCGCCGGUAUCGCAGUCGCAUGUCUUAUGUUCUUCGGGAUGAUAUUCUCUUGCGCGCUCUUCAAGAUGAUCAAAUGACAGGAAGCUAAUUACACAAUCUAAAGUGUAUCCCCUUCUUCUUGGUAAAGAGGAACAGGGAGGAGAUGAAGAAGACAGCAGGAUCUUUUUGAAGAGAUUUCUUCCAUGGCCGUUCAUGCAGUUUCACGAUCGACGAAAUUAAUCGUCGCUAUCAGCGUUACAUCCGAUUGGACCAUGAUAAUCAACAAAACGAAUCUCCAUUCUUGAUUUUGUACAGUUUUCGCUGAUUUGUUCGCUUAUUUGCGCCAUUACAAUGAUCAUUAUUCUUUACACUUUUCGAUAUACAUAAUUUAUAUGUUUAAGGCGUCUUCGUUAGUUGCAUGUAUCAUUAGGAUGAUAAUGCAUCAUGUACCUUAUAUAUGUGCCGUAAUAAAUACGAUAUAUAUACAUACAUAUAUAUGUACAUAACGUGUUUAGAUGUAUCGCGCACAUGGUAUUAUAUUAUGUAUUUAAAUAAUUCCAUCCAGUAAUUAUACUAUCGAUCGACGUCGAGUGAAGUGACGUGUUGCAGAUAUUAAUUUUCCAGCGAUCAGUUCUUCUUAUAUCCCACAAGAAAUCACAUCAUGUUGUGACGUGUUAAUUACAAGAUGUAAUCAUUGUCAAGAAAUAUCUCUGUAAUGAAUUUUUGUCUUUUGCAAUAAUAAGAUAAAUAUUGAAUUACAUAAA